AUGGAUGACCGUUUAGUUACGCCGACCGCCUCUCAGACACAAACAGAAGCCGUCACACACUCAGUGCAGACCGAUUAUGAUAUGGAUGACGGAUAUUUUGACGCCAUUCUGGGAGUUGUCAUCGCCACCGUUGUCCUGGUGCUGAUCAGUCUGGCCGUUGUUGUGAUCCGCUACAUGUUCAGACACAAGGGCUCGUAUCGCACCAAUGAGGCCAAGGGCAUGGAGUUUGCAGAGACGGCGGACACAGCGCUGCGAGGUGACCCUGCCUUGCGGGACGCCAUGGACGUCAGCAAAAAGGAGUACUACAUCUGA